AGCGCCAGAGCGGCGCGGGCGCCGAAGCUGCGCGACCUCGGGCGCCCCACGCUGCAGCAGGUGGUCUCGGCCGAGACGAGCGCGGAGCCCCUCCUGCCGAUCGCGCCGGCGAAACGGCCCAUGGCGGCGACGAGGCGGCCCAGCCGGCUUCGACGCCGACACAAGCGGGAGCUUGCGCCGUGGGCCCUCGCGAACGAGCGCGCGCGCGCCGCCAGUUCCAUGGGCGCGGCCUCGCGCGCGGACCUCGCCCGACCUCGCCGCGCGGGCGCCUCGCCAGAGCGGGCGCGGGGCCCGCGCGGCCUGGCGCAUCGGGCGGCAUUGCGCGAAGCUCGGAGACUGACAGAUGCGCGCCGAGACCUCGGUAUGCCCGGCGCCCCAGCGGUGUCGGAGCUAGCUCGCGCGGAAGAGGAGUGCGUCGCGGAGCGGGCCAACCUGCAGAUUCGCGCAUUUUCUCGGGGGCCGCGGGGGAAGUUCGGCCUCGCCGGCGGGGCCUGCGAGGAGCGCGAGAAGUAUUUCGCCGGUGGCAACUUCCCCCCCAAGCCGCGGCGCGUCGGCCUGCCCGUGGGGGCGCAGGCCGUCGCCCGGUUCAGCGCGGUCGGCGAGAAGACGAGCGGGCGGCAGCGGAAUAUCAUCGCGCGCUGCGUUGCCCACUAUUCGUUCAAAAGUGUGAGAUGCAGGGCGGGUCUAGGGCUGUGCGGCGGCGGCUUUCUGAACCAGCUCCACGCGCCGCCCGACGAUUGUUUCUCGGCUGCUUUCGACGAGAGCAACGCGUCGUCGUUCGCGGGA